AAGUUAAGCGAGGGGCAAAGGUGUUGUCGACGGAGGAAGGGCAAGGCAGAUAGAGAGAAAUUUAGGGGAAGGGGAAAAAUAGAGAGAGAGAGAAAAGUAGCAGUGAAUUGAAUACUUGGAUUGAUCGAUUCAAGCAGAGGUUGGGAGAUGGGGAUUUCAUUCAAAGUUUCCAAUAAAGGUUCCAGAUUUCAUCAACGCAAACACCACCCGCAUAAACAAUCCACCACCGAUAAUCCUGCUGCUACUUGUACGCCUUCUGCUGCCGACGACGUCAUUCAACCUACUCUUCCCGUCAAACGUCAAAUUCAGACUUAUCUCCCCCAGGCAAAUCAGGAUGCUGAUCAUAUCUCCGAUUCCCAGGUCUCCUUCACAUUCAACCUCUUACCCGAUGGAUACUCUAUUACUAAACCCACCCAGAAUGAUAUCAGGAGUCAGACUAGCAACCUUCCAAAGUCUCAACGCCCAUAUGACACAACUUCUGACGCUCUCUUCACUGCAAUUGAGUCUGGCCGAUUGCCCGGUGAUGCUUUGGAUGAUCUACCAUGCAAGUACGUCGAUGGAUCACUUGUGUGCGAGGUAAGAGAUUAUAGAAACUGCAGUUCUGAGCCAGGAAUUGAUGUACCUUCUGCAAACAGUCCUGUUGUAAGUAAAGUACGUCUUAGGAUGUCAUUAGAGAAUGUAGUGAAGGAUAUUCCACUAAUCUCGAAUGAUGCAUGGACAUAUGGUGAUCUGAUGGAGGUGGAAUCCCGUAUAUUAAAAGCCCUACAGCCACAGCUUUGUCUGGACCCAACUCCCAAGUUGGACAGACUCUGUGAAAAUCAUGUAUCCUCCAAGCUAAAUUUUGCUCUGUGCCGUAUGCGAAGAAAAAGAUUAAGACAGAUUCCAGAAGCUACUACAUCUAAUAAUAAGAUCCAUGGAAAGAAAACUCGCAUUGAUGGAUUGCCAGAAAACUCGAGCUACAGAUUGGCAGAUAGCGGAACUACAAUGCAGCCGCAUGUGAAUGAGAAUUUUGCUAUACAAAACGGUGGUCCAAGCAAUAUGCUUCCCUUGAGACCUAGAAACGUGAUGCCUGAAGCAUCUGUUCCAACAUCAUCUCUUGGAUCACACCAAUCAAAAUAUCAGAUGGGUGUCGGGAACAGUAAGAUCUAUCAAGAUUCUGGGGCGGGGCCGAUUUCGAAUGCACCAGGUGGUUCUCCUGCCGGGCAGGAUAUGUUGAGCUCAUAUACUGAUAAUAUGAACACUACUGCAUCUUCCUUUCAUGGCAAGAGAGAAAAUCAAGAUGGACAAUUGUCACCGUUAUCCAGCUUAAAUAAGAGGGCCAGGCUCUCGCAAGUGGGUCUGGAUGGCGGCCAGCAGCAGCAUAUAGGGCAACAAAUGGAUGGGUUCCAUGGAACGGACUCGCACUGGAAGAAUACACUAAUGCAGCAGCAAACAAUGGGAAGGGGGCUUCAGUAUGCUAAUCCUGGAAUGCAGAGGUAUCCUCAGCAGAUGUUUGAGGGGGGUUUUAGUCAGGAGGGUGGGGCUUUGCCGUUGACUGGGGGGCAGCAAGGACUAAGAUAUGGUUUAAAAGAGGAGCCAGUUGAAAUUGAGAGAAUGGAGAAGUCAGAUAUAAGUGGAAGCAAAAUUGACAUGCAUAUGAUGGAAGGUGAAAUGAAUCGCAUGGACUCUCAGCAGUCACGACAACAGCACCGGUUACCACAAAUGCGAUCCAGUUUCCCUCAGACACCAUGGAAUAGUUUAGGGCAGCCACUUGAAAAUAUUUCUAGAAAGGAGGACCAAUUUCAGAAAAGAAAAUUGGUUCAGAGUCCCCGUGUCUCUGCUGGGGGUUUGCCUCAGUCUCCCUUGUCUUCAAAAUCCGGAGAAUUUUCUAGUGGAUCUGUCGGAGCCCAUUUUGGCGCUGUUGCGGCAACAGCUGCUUUUGGUUCAUCUCAAAAGGAGAAAGCUGUCACCUCUGUUCAUGCAAUUGGUGGCACUACCUCUUUGGCUUCCAGUGCUAACGAUUCAAUGCAUCGACAACAACAGGCACAAAAUGCUGCAAAACGGAGAUCAAGCUCCCUCACAAAAACCCCUUUAAUGAGUGGAGUUGGGUCUCCUGCAAGUGUUAGUAAUAUGGGUGUUCCACUGAAUGCAAGCAGCCCUCCAGUUGGGACACCACCUUUAGGUGAUCAAAUCAUGCUUGAUAGGUUCACCAAAAUUGAGCUGGUAACUGCAAGGUUUAAAGUCAAUUGCAAAAAGAACCGAGUGGAUGACCAUCCCUUAAAAAAAUCUAAUAUAUAUUCAGCUCAGCAGCUAAUGCAUCAUCUGUCCAGUGACGCAAAUACUGAGAAUCUGAAAGAUGAAUCAUGUAAGAUGCCCUUGUCAAAGUCCCUUGUUGGUGGAAGCAUGAAUGUUUGCAAGACUAGAGUCUUGAAUUUCGUGCCACCAGAUCGUUCUGUCCAAGUUGUGGCUAAAUCACGAAAUAGAAUGAUCAUGUCCGAGAAGCCCAACGAUGGUACUGUAGCAAUGCAUUAUGGAGAAAUAGAAGAUGCUGAUUACUUGGCAGCAGAGGAUUAUCUCCCGACAUUGCCCAAUACUCAUAUUGCAGACUUACUGGCAGCUCAGAUAUGCUCAAUGAUGAUACGGGAAGGAUAUACAGUAGAAGACCAUGUCCAACCAAAACCUGUCCACAUGAAUCGUGCCCCUGGUAGCUAUUCUAAUGCAACUGGUAUUCCUACUAAUGCUUCAGCUAUUGAAAUGCAUGCAACAGAAGCGGUUUCUACCCAGCCAUCUAAUGAGAUUACAAAGCCAUCUAAUGGUGGCAUGUCAUCUCUAAACUCUUCCCAGAAUAUGUCCAGCACAAGGAUGUUGCCUUCCGGAAAUACACAACCCUUACAGAUCUCUCAAGGACUACUUGCUGGGGGUUCAAUGCCCUCUAAAUUUCAACAACCUGAUAGUCAACAAUCUCUACAGCAGCAGCUUCACCAAAACCAACAGCAAUCCUUGUUGCAACAGCAGCACCAUCAGUUCCAAAGGUCACCCUUAAUGCUAGCUGCAAAUCCACUCUCACAUUUGAGUACAAUGGGACAGAGUUCAAGUAUGCAGCUGGGUAAUCAGAUUGUCAAUAAACCUUCUCCUCUUCAACUUCAGAUGCUGCAGCAGCAACAGCAGCAACUGCAAUCACAGCAGCCACAAAUGCAGAGAAAGAUGAUGAUGGGAAUUGGAAAUGUGGGCAUGGGAAAUAUGGGUAAUAAUAUGGUUGGACUUCAAGGCUUAGGCAAUAUGAUGGGCAUGGGUGCAUCCAGGGGAGUCGGAGGAGCUGGUAUAUCGGCACCAAUGGGCUCUAUCUCUGGACUGAAUAAUGUUGGUCAAAGUACAAUGAAUUUGAGCCAGGCAGCAAAUAUCAGCAAUGCCAUUACCCAGCAACUUCGUUCUGGCCAACUAACUCCAGCACAAGCAGCUCUCAUGGCGACAAAACUUAGAAUGCAGAACAGGACAAACAUGUUAGGCAGUGCACAAUCAAACAUUGGUGGAAUGUCAGGAGCUAGACAGAUGCAUCCGGGAUCUACUGGUCUUUCAAUGUUAGGCCCGACACUCAAUCGAGCUACUAUUAGUCCAAUGCAAAGAACAGGGAUGGGACCAAUGGGCCCACCAAAGUUGAUGAAUGCUUACAUGAAUCAGCAACAGCAGCAGCAGCAGCAACAACAACAGUUGCAAUUGACUCCGCAACAAAUGCAGCAGUUCCAGCAGCAACAACUACAGCAGCAGCAACAGCAGCAGGAAACAUCUCCACUACAAGCUGUCACAUCUCCUCCACAGGUUGGUUCACCUUCAAACAUGGGAAUUCAACAGCAACUGAACCCACAAUCCCAACAACAGCAACAGGAUAGUUCACAGCAAAUGAGCCAGCGGACACCGAUGAGCCCUCAAAUAAGUUCUGGUGCUAUGCAUCCCUUGAGUGCUGGCAAUCAAGAAGGUUGUCCAGCAAGCCCUCAGUUGAGCUCACAAACCUUGGGUUCUGUUGGUAGCAUCACAAAUUCUCCCAUGGAGUUGCAAGGUGGGAACAAGACAACCUCUGCUGGGAAUUCAUAGUUCGGGUAAUAUAUGGAUGUAUCCUGGUCGAAAUCUCCUCUAUCUGUUGACAAGAUGAUAUUGUGUGAAAGAUGAUGCACUGGCUGGAAAUCAGUGUCAACUUGGCAUAAACAAUUUUAAAGGAAUGUAGCCUUCCAAACUCAGAACAAAAAAUGAUGCAUGUAUACUUUGGUCCCUCCAAUGGCAGGCUGUUCCUGUAAUCAGAUAAAGCUGCAGUAGAUCAAGUACAUAAACAUUGUGUCGAUUAUUUAAAAUUAUGCUAUCAUACGCAAUAAAGUUGAAUGUUUCAUUUAA